AUGAGCUAUCGUAACUAUCGUACAGAAUUUCCCAAAGAGGAACGAAAUGAUGCACAAAACACAAGGUCCGAUAGUUUUAGUUUUAAACGAUUGACCAGAUCACAUUACAGAAGCAAACCAUAUGAAUAUAAUAAGCCCAGAGAAAACAGACACAGUCAUAUAUACAAGCAACAUAGGUACCAAACGUCAAGAGAGAGCCAUGUUGAUAGAAAUAGCAGUGAAUGCACCUCUAGGAGUGAUCGACUGGACCAAGUGUUAGAAGAAAACUAUGACGAUAGAAAAAGGUACACCACACACUUGAAUGAAAGGAGCUAUCGUAAGAACCAAACGUCAAGAGACAAUCAAGAUCGAUAUAGGUCUGCUUCACAGGGGUAUGUCAAUACGCGUCAUCAUCGGGAAAAAUCAUCAAGAAAAGACAACCAAGACAAGAAAAGGUCUACAAGACAGAGGAAUGAAGACGAGUCAAACCGAUAUAAAUGGGACCAAGCAUUAAGAGAAGACAACAAAGAUAUGAAUAGGUCUACUAGACAACGAUAUGAAGACGUGUCAAACAGUUAUCAUUGGGGCCAAACAAUAAGAGAAGACAAUCAAAGCAAGAAUAGGUCUACUAGACAGAGGUAUGAAGACGUGCCAAACAGUUAUAAUUGGGACCAAACAUUAAGAGAAGACCAUCAAGAUAGGAAGAGAUCAUCAGCACGUAUGUACGAAUCUAGAAGAAAAGAUGAGGAAAAGGAUGAUCUUGCUGCUAAAAUUUUCAAGGUUUUGCUAUAUAAAGGUGGUAAAAUGAAGAAAAGAGAAUUGGAGGCCUGUGUACUUGCAGAAUCAUUUGCAAAGAAAUUUAUGCCAAAUAAAUCUUUUUCUAGAUUUUUAAAAGAUUAUAAAAAUAUUUUUGAAAUCUCCGAUGCUUGUAAUGACGAAAAAGAGGAGGGUGAGAUAACAGACCCGGAAGUAAGAGCAAGGUCAAAUAUUCAGAUAUGCCUUGACCACACGAGUUCAUCGUACGUGUGUAACGGUGAUUGUAAUGAUCUGCAUAUCUGUAAAUUCAAACUUAUCAGUGAGUGCCCUUUUGAGAAUUGUCGGUUUGGACAUGAUCUUCAAACAGAUCACAAUCGUCAUUCCCUAAAGCAUCACUUCAUGCAAUUUCUAAAUCCUGAGCAGGUCCGGUUUUUGAUUAGCGAGUUAGAGCACAGAAAGGGUGUAACAAUCCCUUCAAUAUGCAAUUAUUACAAUAAAAUCAAAGGUUGUAAAGAAUCUAUCAAAUGUCCACAUUUGCAUGUCUGCUCUUACAUCGCAGGUAAAUGCGCAUUCCAACCAAACUGUAAACGUUCUCACAAUCUUGAGGACGAUCAGCCAAGGAGGGUUUUGAGUAAAUUUGGGAUAGCGGUUGACGCAAAUAACAAAGAACGUUUGUUGAGAAUGCUUAGUUGGGAUCCUUUUCAUUUUCCAAGGGGUCAAGGUCAGGUCUCUAGGAAAAUACCCCAUCCUAUCCGCCAAAAUGGAUCAAUAAAGCCAGUUAAGGCAUGUCCAGAGGAAACAGAGAACACACAGGAAGGAACCCUGCUGGAACCUUACUCUGAAUUCCAUAAACGUCAUCGUUAUUGGAAUCUGGUUUGUAUGGUAAGGAUAUUGGAUUAUGCUACAUAA